AGCGAGUGUUUGGGACGCAGAGCGUGGGCCUUUUGGCGCGCAUGGGCAGACUGUUCCCGGCUGCCGGGGGAGAAUUCCUUCCUUCCGAGGGGGACGCUUUGCGGUCACGCCAGGUUUGAACCGGAAGCGGGAACUGAGCACGCACACUCUGCUGGAGCCGCUGUCCUCUCGCCACCUGCAGCUGUGAUCGCCGGGGAGACAGCGGUGUGUUUUCUGAAAUUCUGAACCAUGAGUCUAGUACUUAAUGAUCUGCUUAUUUGCUGCCGUCAUCUAGAACACGAUAGAGCUACAGAACGAAGGAAAGAAGUGGAGAAAUUUAAGCGCUUGAUUCGUGAUCCUGAAACUGUUCAACAUUUAGAUCGACAUUCAGAUUCCAAACAAGGAAAAUACUUGAAUUGGGAUGCUGUUUUUAGAUUUUUACAGAAAUAUAUUCAGAAGGAAACAGAAUGUUUGAAAACAGCAAAACCAAGUGUAUCAGCCUCAACACAGGCCAUUAGGCAGAAAAAGAUGCAAGAAAUCAAUAGCUUGGUCAAAUAUUUCAUCAAAUGUGCAAACAAAAGAGCACCCAGGCUAAAAUGUCAAGACCUCUUGAAUUAUAUCAUGGAUAUAAUGAAAGAUUCCUGGAGUGGUAUCAUUUAUGGAGCAGACUGUAGCAACAUACUGUUGAAGGACAUUCUUUCAGUGAGAAAAUACUGGUGUGAAAUAUCUCAGCAACAGUGGCUAGAAUUGUUCUCUGUGUACUUCAGGCUGUAUCUUAAACCUUCACAAGACAUUAAUAGAGUUUUAGUUGCUAGAAUAAUUGAAGCUGUGACCAAAGGAAGCUGUUCACAAACUGAUGGAUUAAAUUGCAGAUUUUUGGAGUAUUUUUCCAAGGCUAUUCAGCAUGCAAGACAAGAAAAGAGCUCUCCAGGUCUAAAUCAUAUCUUAGCAGCACUUAUUAUCUUCCUCAAGACUUUGGCUGUUAACUUUCGAAUUCAAGUAUGUGAAUUAGGAGAUGAAAUUCUUCCUACCUUGCUUUAUAUUUGGACUCAACACAGACUUAAUGAUUCCUUAAAGGAAGUAAUUAUUGAAUUAUUUCAACUGCAAAUUUAUAUCCAUCAUCCAAAAGGAGCCAAAACCCAAGGAAAAGGUUCUUAUGAAUCAAGAAAAUGGAAAAAUAUCUUAUACAACUUAUAUGAUAUGCUGGUUAAUGAAAUAAGUCAUAUAGUAAGCAGAGGGAAAUACUCUUCAGGGUCUCGUAAUAUUGCUGUCAAAGAAAACUUAAUUGAAUUGAUGGCAGAUGUUUGUCACCAGGUUUUUAAUGAAGAUUCCAGAGCUUUGGAGAUUUCUCUGUCUUAUACUACCACACAGAGAGAAUUUAGUGAUUACAGUGCACCUUGCAAAAAGAAGAAAAUAGAAUUAGGCUGGGAAGUAAUAAAAGACCACCUUCAGAAGUCACAGAAUGAUUUUGAUCUUGUGCCUUGGUUACAGAUUGCAACCCAAUUAAUAUCAAAAUAUCCUGCAAGUUUACCUAGCUAUGAACUGUCACCAGUACUGAUGAUACUCUACCAGCUUCUACCUCAGCAGCGACAUGGUGAACGCACACCAUAUGUGUUACGAUGCCUCACAGAAGUUGCAUUGUGUCAAGGCAAGAAAUCAAACUUAGAAAGCUUACAAAAGUCAGAUUUAUUGAAACUCUGGAUUAAAAUUUGGUCUAUUACAUUUCGUGGUAUAACUUCUGAACGGAUACAAGCUGAAAACUUUGGCUUACUUGGAGCCAUAAUUCAAGGCAGUUUAAUUGAGGUUGAUAAAGAAUUCUGGAAGUUAUUUACUGGGUCAACCUGCAGACCUUCAUGUCCUGCAGUAUGCUGUUUGACUGUGGCACUGACCAUCUUUGUGGUUCCAGAAACAGUAAACACAGGAAUGGACCAAAAUAUAUGUGAAGUAAAUAGAAGUUUUUCUUUAAAGGAAUUGAUAAUGAAAUGGCUCUUAUUCUGUCAGUUAGAGGAUGACUUUGAAGAAAGUACAGAGCUUCCUCCAAUUCUUCACAGUAAUUUUCCUCAUCUUGCACUGGAGAAAAUUCUCGUGAGUCUCACUAUGAAAAACUGUAAAGCUGCAAUGAUUUUUUUCCAGAGUAUGCCAGAAUGUGAACAACACCAAAAAGAUGAAGAAGAGCCUUCAUUCACAGAAGUUGAAGAACUAUUUCUGCAGACAACUUUAGACAAUAUGGAUUUUUUAACAACUGUGGAAGAAUGUGCUAUAGAAAAGCACCAGUCCAGUCCUGGCUUUUCUGUCCACCAAAAUCUCAAGGUAUCUCUGGAUCACUAUCUUCUGGGACUAGCAGAACAGCUUCUAAAUAACUACUCACCUGAGACUACAAAUUCAGAAACACUUGUCCGGUGUUCAAGUCUUUUGGUGGGAGUUCUCAGCUGCUAUUGUUAUGUGGGUAUAAUAGCUGAAGAAGAAGCAUAUGAAUCAGAAUUAUUUCAGAAAGCCAAGUCUCUAAUGCAGUGUGCAGGAGAAAUUAUCACUCUGUUUAAAAAUAAGACAAAUGAGGAAUCUAGAAUUGUUUCAGUGAGAAAUAUGAUGAACCUUUGUACAAGCUGCUUGUGUCACUGUACCCAGCACAGUCCAAAUAAGAUUGCAUCUGGCUUUUUCCUACGAUUAUUAACAUCAAAGCUAAUGAAUGAUAUUGCAGAUAUUUGUAGAAGUUUAGCAUCCUUUAUCAAAAAGCCAUUUGAGUAUGGAGAAAUAGAGUCAGUGGAAGAAGAUACAGAUGAAAAUCGGAUGGACAUAGAGGAUCAGUCAUCCAUGAAUCUGUUUAAUGAUUACCCUGUUGAUAGUGUUAGUGAUGCAAAUGAAUCUGGAGAAAGUCAAGGUAUUAUUGGUGCCAUGAAUCCUUUAGCUGAAGAACAUCUGUCAAAGCAAGAUCUACUUUUGUUAGAUAUGCUCAAGUUCUUGUGUAUAUGUGUAACUACUGCUCAGGCCAAUACUGUGUCAUUCAGAGCAGCUGAUAUUCGGAGGAAAUUAUUAAUGUUAAUUGAUUCUAGUAUGCUAGACCCUACUAAAUCUCUCCACUUACACAUGUAUCUAGUGCUCUUAAAAGAGCUUCCUGGAGAAGAAUAUCCUUUGCCAAUGGAAGAUGUUGUUGAACUUCUAAAACCGCUAUCCAGUGUGUGUUCUUUGUAUCGCCGUGACCAGGAUGUCUGUAAAACAAUUUUAAACCAUGUUGUUCAUGUAGUGAUGAACUUAUGUCCAGGCAGUAUGGACCCUGAGAACACAAGCGAUGCUCAAGGACAGUUUCUAACAGUAAUUGGAGCAUUUUGGCACUUAACAAACGAGGGAAAAUGCAUAUUCUCUGUAAGAAUGGCUCUAGUAAAAUGUCUUAAAACUUUGCUUGAGGCAGAUCCUUAUUCAAAAUGGGCUAUUCUUAAUGUAAUGGGGAAAGACUUUCCUGUAAAUGAAGUAUUUCCACAGUUUCUUGCUGAUAAUCAUCACCAAGUUCGUAUGUUGGCUGCAGUGUCAAUCAAUAGGUUAUUCCAGGAUGUGAAACAAAGAGGUUCUUCCACACUAUUGAAAGCACUUCCUUUGAAGCUUCAGCAAACGGCUUUUGAAAAUGCAUACUCAAAAGCUCAGGAGGGAAUGAAAGAAGUGUCCCACAGAGCUGCAAACCCUGAACUUUUGGAUGAGAUUUAUAAUAGAAAGUCUGUUUUACUGAUGAUGAUAGCUGUGGUUUUAUACUGUAGCCCUAUCUGUGAAAAACAGGCUUUGUUUGCCCUAUGCAAGUCUGUGAAAGAGAAUGGAUUAGAACCCUACCUCAUUAAAAAGGUUUUAGAAAAAGUUUCUGAAACCUUUGGAUAUAGGCGUUUAGAAGACUUCAUGGCUUCUCAUUUGGAUUAUCUGGUUUUGGAGUGGCUAAAUCUUCAAGAUAGUGAAUAUAACUUAUCUUCUUUUCCUUUUAUUUUACUGAACUACACAAAUGUUGAGGAUUUCUAUAGAUCUUGUUAUAAGGUUUUAAUUCCACAUCUGGUGAUUAGAAGUCAUUUUGAUGAAGUGAAGUCCAUUGCUGAUCAGAUACAAGAGGAUUGGAAAAGUCUCCUAACAGACUGCUUUCCAAAGAUUCUCGUGAAUAUCCUCCCUUACUUUGCCUAUGAAGGUACAGGAGACAGUGGCAUGGCACAGCAAAGAGAGACUGCUACCAAAGUCUAUGAUAUGCUUAAAGAUGAAAACAUAUUAGGAAAACAGAUUGAUCAUUUAUUCAUUAGCAAUUUACCAGAGAUCGUGGUGGAGUUACUGAUGACAUUCCAUGAACCAGGAACUUCUGGUACCAGCCAAGGCACUUCAGGGGAUUUGGAUCCUGCUCCUAAUCCACCUCAUUUUCCGUCACAUGUAAUUAAAGCAACAUUUGCCUACAUCAGCAAUUGCCAUAAAACCAAACUUAAAAGCAUUUUAGAAAUUCUUUCCAAAAGCCCUGAUUCCUAUCAGAAAAUUCUUCUUGCCAUAUGUCAGCAAGCAGCUGAGACAAACAAUAUUUAUAAAAAGCAUAGAAUUUUAAAAAUAUAUCACCUGUUUGUUAGUUUAUUACUGAAAGAUAUAAAAAGUGGCUUAGGGGGAGCUUGGGCCUUUGUUCUUCGAGAUGUGAUUUAUACUUUGAUUCACACUAUCAACAAAAGGCCUUCCCGUUUCAUGGAUGUGUCAUUACGUAGCUUCUCCCUUUGUUGUGACCUGCUAAGCCGGGUUUGUCACACAGCAGUAACUUACUGUAAGGAUGCUUUAGAAAAUCAUCUUCAUGUUAUUGUUGGCACACUCAUACCUCUGGUGGAUGAUCAGAUGGAGGUUCAGGAACAGGUAUUGGACUUGUUGAAAUACUUGGUGAUAGAUAACAAGGAUAAUGAAAACCUCUAUAUGACGAUUAAACUUUUAGAUCCUUUUCCUGACCAUGUUGUCUUUAAGGAUUUGCAUAUUACUCAGCAGAAAAUCAAAUAUAGUAGAGGACCCUUUUCACUUUUGGAGGAAAUUAACCACUUUCUCUCAGUAAGUGUUUAUGGUGCACUUCCUUUGACAAGGCUUGAAGGACUGAAGGAUCUUCGAAGACAACUAGAACAACAUAAAGAUCAGAUGAUGGAUCUUAUGAGAGCAUCUCAGGAUAACCCACAAGAUGGCAUAAUGGUGAAGCUAGUUGUCAGCUUGUUGCAGUUAUCCAAGAUGGCAAUAAACCACACUGGUGAAAGAGAAGUUUUAGAGGCUGUUGGAAGCUGCUUGGGAGAAGUGGGCCCUAUAGAUUUCUCUACCAUAGCUAUACAACAUAAUAGAGAUAAAUCUUAUAUUAAGGCCCUUGAGUUAUUUGAAGAUAAAGAACUUCAGUGGACCUUCAUAAUGCUGAACUACCUAAAUAAUACACUAGUAGAAGAUUGCGUAAAUGUGCGAUCAGCUGCUGUUAUCUGUUUGAAAAGUAUUUUAGCUACAAAGACUGGACAUCAUUUCUGGGAGAUUUAUAAGACAACAACGGAUCCCAUGCUCAUCUAUCUACAACCUUUUAGAACAUCGAGAAAAAAGUUUUUAGAAGUACCCAGACUUGACAGAGAAAACCCUUUAGAAGGUUUGGAUGAUACAAGCCUGUGGAUUCCUCAAAGUGAAAAUCAUGAUGUUUGGAUAAAGACACUGACUUGUGCUGUUUUGGAUAGUGGAGGCAUACAAAGUGAAAUUCUUCAAUUAUUAAAGCCACUGUGUGAAGUGAAAAGUGACUUUUGUCAGACUGUGCUUCCAUACUUGAUUCAUGAUAUUUUACUCCAAGAUACAAAUGACUCAUGGAGAAAGCUACUUUCUACACAUAUUCAGGGAUUUUUCACUAACUGUUUCAGACACAUCUCACAAACGAGCCAAUCCACGAUCCCUGCAAAUUUGGAUUCAGAGUCUGAGCCCUUCUUUCGAUGCUGGAAAAAAUCACAAAGAACAAUGCUUGCUGUUGUGGACUACAUGAGGAGACAAAAGAGACCUUCUUUAGGAACAGUUUAUGAUGAUGCUUUCUGGCUGGAGUUGAAUUACCUAGAAGUUGCCAAGGUAGCUCAGUCUUGUGCAGCUCACUUUACAGCAUUGCUCUAUGCAGAAAUCUAUGCAGAUAAGAAAAGCAUGGAUGAUCAAGAGAAAAGAAAUCUUGCAUUUGAAGAAGGAAGCGAAAGUCCAACUAUUUCUACUUUGAGUGAAAAAAGCAAAGAAGAAACUGGAAUAAGUUUACAGGAUCUACUCUUAGAAAUCUACAGAAGUAUAGGAGAGCCAGAUAGUCUUUAUGGCUGUGGUGGAGGGAAAAUGCUACAACCUCUUACUAGACUACAAACAUAUGAACAUGAAGCAAUGUGGGGGAAAGCCCUAGUAACGUAUGACCUUGAGACAACAAUCGCCUCCUCAACACGCCACGCAGGAAUAAUUCAGGCCUUGCAGAAUCUGGGACUCUGCCAUAUUCUUUCUAUGUACUUAAAAGGAUUAGAUCAUAAAAAUAAAGAGUGGUCUGCUGAACUACAGGAACUUCAUUACCAAGCAGCCUGGAGGAAUAUGCAGUGGGACCACUGCAUUUCUGUCAACAAAGGAAUAGAAGGAACCAGUUACCACGAAUCAUUGUAUAAUGCUCUGCAGUCUCUAAGAGAUAGAGAAUUCUCUACAUUUUAUGAGAGUCUCAAGUAUGCCAGAGUAAAGGAAGUGGAAGAGUUGUGUAAGGACAGCCUCGAGUCUGUGUAUUCUCUCUACCCCACACUUAGCAGAUUGCAGGCCAUUGGAGAGCUUGAAAACAUUGGGGAGCUUUUCUCAAGAUCAGUCACAGAUAGACAACCCUCAGAAAUAUACAUGAAGUGGCAAAAACACUCCCAGCUUCUCAAAGACAGUGAUUUCAGUUUUCAGGAGCCUAUCAUGACUCUGCGCACAGUCAUUCUGGAGAUCCUGAUGGAAAAGGAAAUGGAGAGCUCUCAACGAGAGUGUUUCGAGGACAUUCUUACCAAACACCUCGUAGAACUCUCCACACUAGCCCGAACUUUCAAAAACACUCAGCUCCCUGAAAGAGCAAUAUUUCACAUUAAACAGUGUAAGUCAGCUAGUUGUGGAGUCUCUCAGUGGCAGCUGGAGGAAGCGCAAGUAUUUUGGGCAAAAAAGGAGCAGAGUCUUGCCCUGAGUAUUCUCAAGCAAAUGAUCAAGAAGUUGGAUGCCAGUUGUACCAAGAAUGAUCCCAAUCUAAAACUUAUGCACACAGAAUGUCUGAGGAUUUGUGGCACCUGGUUAGCAGAGACUUGCUUGGAAAAUCCUGCGGCCAUCAUGGAGACUUACCUAGAAAAGGCAGUGGAAGUUGCUGGAAAUUAUGAAGGAGAAAGCAAUGAUGAGCUCAGAAAUGGAAAAAUGAAGGCAUUUCUCUCAUUAGCGCGGUUCUCGGAUACUCAGUACCAGAGAAUUGAAAACUACAUGAAAUCAUCAGAAUUUGAAAAUAAGCAAGCUCUCCUGGAAAGGGCCAAAGAGGAAGUGGGCCUUCUUAGGGAACAUAAAAUUGAGACCAACAGAUACACGGUGAAGGUUCAGCGAGAGCUGGAGCUGGAUGAACGUGCGCUUCGUGCACUUAAAGAGGAUCGCAAACGUUUCUUAUGUAAAGCAGUUGAAAAUUACAUCAAUUGUUUAUUAAGUGGAGAAGGACAUGAUCUGUGGAUAUUCCGUCUUUGUUCUCUCUGGCUUGAAAAUUCUGGAGUUUCUGAAGUCAGUGGUAUGAUGAAGAGAGAUGGAAUGAAGAUUCCAUCAUAUAAAUAUUUGCCUCUUAUGUAUCAAUUGGCUGCUAGAAUGGGAACCAAAAUGAUGGGAGGCCUAGGAUUUCAUGAAGUUCUUAAUAAUCUAAUCUCUAGAAUUUCUAUGGAUCACCCUUAUCAUACUUUGUUUAUUAUACUGGCCUUGGCAAAUGCAAACAAAGAUGAAUUUUUGACCAAACCAGAGGCAGCAAAAAGGAGUAGAAUCACCAAAAAUGCACCUAAACAAAGCUCUCAGCUUGAUGAGGAUCGAAUGGAGGCUGCACAUAGAAUAAUACGUACUAUCAGAAGUAGGAGACCUCAGAUGGUCAGAAGUGUUGAGGCACUUUGUGAUGCUUAUAUAAUGCUAGCAAACUUAGAUGCCACUCAUUGGAAGACUCAGAGAAAAGGCAUAAAUAUUCCAGCAGACCAGCCAAUUACUAAACUGAAGAAUUUAGAAGAUGUUGUUAUACCUACUAUGGAAAUUAAGGUGGACCCCACAGGAGAAUAUGGAAAUCUGGUGACUAUACAAUCAUUUAAAACAGAAUUUCGUUUAGCAGGAGGUUUAAAUUUACCAAAAAUAAUAGAUUGUUUGGGGUCUGAUGGUAAGGAAAGGAGACAGCUUGUCAAGGGCCGUGAUGACCUGCGACAAGAUGCUGUCAUGCAGCAGGUUUUCCAGCUGUGCAAUACACUGCUGCAGAGAAACACCGAGACCAGAAAGAGGGAACUGACCAUCUGCACGUAUAAGGUGGUUCCCCUUUCUCAGCGAAGUGGUGUUCUUGAAUGGUGCACAGGAACUGUCCCUAUUGGGGAAUUUCUUGUUAACAAUGAGAAUGGUGCUCAUAAAAGAUACAGACCAAAGGACUUCAGUGCCUUUCAAUGCCAAAAGAAAAUGAUGGAUGUGCGAGAGAAGUCUUUUAAAGAGAAACAUGAAACUUUCAUGAAUGUUUGCGAAAAUUUUCAACCAGUUUUCCGUUACUUCUGCAUGGAAAAAUUCUUGGACCCAGCCAUUUGGUUUGAGAAACGAUUGGCUUAUACACGCAGUGUGGCUACUUCUUCUAUUGUUGGUUACAUACUUGGACUUGGUGAUAGACAUGUGCAGAAUAUCUUGAUAAAUGAGCAGUCUGCAGAACUUGUGCAUAUAGAUUUAGGAGUCGCUUUUGAACAGGGUAAAAUCCUUCCUACUCCUGAAACAGUUCCUUUUAGGCUCACCAGAGAUAUCGUGGAUGGGAUGGGCAUUACUGGUGUUGAAGGUGUCUUCAGAAGGUGCUGUGAGAAAACUAUGGAGGUCAUGAGAAGCUCUCAGGAAACCCUGUUAACCAUUGUGGAGGUCCUUCUGUAUGAUCCUCUCUUUGACUGGACCAUGAAUCCUUUGAAAGCUUUGUAUUUACAGCAGAGGUCAGAAGAUGAAACUGAGCUCCAAUCCACUCUGAAUGCAAAUGACCAAGAAUGCAAACGAAAUCUCAGUGAUACUGACCAGAGUUUUAACAAGGUAGCUGAGCGUGUCCUGAUGAGACUGCAAGAGAAACUGAAAGGUGUAGAGGAAGGAACUGUGCUCAGUGUGGGUGGACAGGUGAAUUUGCUCAUACAACAGGCCAUGGACCCCAAAAAUCUCAGCCGACUUUUCCCAGGAUGGAAAGCUUGGGUGUGAUAUUCAGCAUAUGAAUUACCCUUGAAUUCAACCUCUAGAGAUUACAUUUUGGCCUUCCUUUUUAACCCACUGGCAUACUCUGAAUAGGUAUUAAUUAAUAUUUAACUAAGUGAACUACUAUGUCUUUUUACAAAAAUGUUUCAUACUUUCCUCUGUCCCCUAAAGAUACUUUGAUAGUCUCAAGGAACAUCUCUUUUCUCAUACUUCAGAAAUAACUGUCAUUCAUGCUCUACUUCUAGGCUGAGGUUUUUCUUGUAUUGUUUUCAGUAGAAUCACUGACAUGUUUUAGCUGAAAAUGGUGGCAGCAGAGGUGCAGGAACAUCACUGACGGGAUUACCUUUGGUAUUGAUUAGAACAAACAAAUACCUGCUAGUUUUGAUGUGGCUUUUAAUUAAAGUGCAUCAUAUGAAUGAUGAAUUAUUUGAUAUUAAUUUAUAAAAGGAAUAAAAAACUUUAAAAUUAUAACCAUCUAUGUAUAUAUAUAUAUAAGGUACAUUAAAAAUAAGAAAAAAUGUUGAAAACAAUUAGUACUUAAGAAAUAAAUAUGUUUGGCUGUUCCAUAUUUUCCAUGGGUUUGUAUUUUUUAAAUAACUAUAGAGUAGUGUUGAAUUUUUUUCAUAUGCACUUCCUGCAUCUAUUUUGAUAAAUAUGUAUAUUCUUUCCAAAUUAGUAAAAUUGAGCUAUUGAACUGUCCUUGCAUUUUUGAAAUAAUUAAUCUUGAUCAUAUUUUAAGUUUUUCUUAUAAAAUCACUUUUAUUUUUAAAAAAUGUAUGUUGGAUUUUCAGUACCAAGAGCACCCACUGUUACUGAAUAAUUAACUUGUGUAUUAUGUUCACUUGUAUAUUAGGGAACAUAAUUUCUCCUCCAUCUUUAGGAAAAUGUUCAUCCCAGCAGCAAAGUAAGAAAUGGGUGGUUGAACUUUGCUCUCAUUUGAAAAGAGUACAAAUUUCAAAUAUACAGCAUAGUUACUGUUUUUUUUUUUAGUAUAUUGUACCUUCCCAUUCUAUCCUAUCUUUUAAGCUCUCCUAUGUUUUCCAUUACUUUAUCUUUCUGUGAUGCCUUCAUAUCUGUCUUCUAGUUCAUGAAUUCUCUUGUUAGCUGUACAUUAUCUCUUUUUUAAACUAUUCACUUAGUUUCUAAUUUUAAAAAUUAUUUUUCAUUUCUAGCUAUCUAUCAUUUUUCAGAUCUGCCUAUUUGAUCCAUGAUGUCUAGUUUUUUUUAACUUUUCAAUUCCUUUUUAUAUCACUAAUGAUUUUAAAUAUCCUUAUUUCAUAGUUUGCCCAAAUCAAAUCCUGUUGCUUGUUGAUUCUUAUAUUUGGUGGACUGUUUAUCCAUGUGUUUUGUAAUUUUAAAAGGUGAGCUUAUUUUCAAUGUGGCUUUCUCUUUGGGAAUCUUGAGUGACCUGGUUUAAGAAUUAUUCCAUCCAAAUGAAUUCUGUGUCUGCUUAUGUCAUAUUCACAGGGCUUUCACUGACAGAGGGCCACUCUUUAAUUUCUUGGCUUCAGAGUUUACAGACAUCAAGAGAAUUAUAAAUUACCAAGAGAAAAUUCCAGGCCAAGACAGACCCUCUUGGCCAUCACCUCCCUGAACUGGCAGACAGAAUAUUGUAUGGGCUCCCUUUUCACCAAGGGUGUGAGCCUCCGUAUGUCCCACCUUUAUGGUGGGCAGAGGGGAAAGUGCAUUUAAUGCAUGCCUGCUGCUUUUUGCAUGUCCAUCUUCAGUCCCUUCACAGAUGUUAAAAGCUGAAAUUUACAAGUUAAUGCGUUUGGCAAAUUAUGCCAGGAAAGCUAGAAUGUCAGCUCACACAUUUACUUCUCUGAUUUUCAGUUCCCUUCAUAUUUGGUCCUUAGGAUUUUCCCUUACUUCCUUGUAAGUUCUGCUGUGCAUUUAAAGGAAUAUUUCUUAUUCAGCAUAUCUGUAUGUUUGUUGUAGGAGGAAGGGUUUAGGUAUUGAUGUAUCUAAAGAGCUUUGCAUAUUAUUAAUCCACUAUUCAACUUGAAUGGUAUGCUAUAAAGCUCCUGUCAUAUGCAAGCAGUCUCAUUAAUGGCUUUAAAAAGAUUACCAAAUUUGUGGAUAAUAAACCUAUGAGAAAUUCACAGGUGAUAGAAUUAAGAUUCUAGAAGUCUUUGACAAGUUAGAACACUGUCUGGAAAUGACUAGGGUAAAAAUUUACCAGGAACAAACAGUUUGCUUUAGAAUAUUAUUCAUAUAAUAUUUAUUGUAUGUUGAGUAUGUUACAUUCAUUAUAAACAUCUCUUGCAAGAUGAGGAUGUUAUCCCAGUUUACAGCUGCAGAUGGUGAAGUUUGGAGAAAUAAGAUAAAUGGGCAAUUCCAGAAUAUAGUAAAUUGAAGGUACCAGUUUCAUAUGGACAGUCUCUAACUCGAAAAGCUUCCAAGUGAAAAGAAUCUAGGCUUCACUAGUCAGUUGCUCACAAGAUCAGUGGAAACCAAGUAGAAAAGCCUACUAGAGAAGCUAAUAAAUUAUAGACUAGUUGAACAGUUAUGUGAAGAGUAAGGAACAUAAUAAUCCUCCCACCAUUCUCUGUGCUGGUCAUACCACCCCAGAGUAUCUUCCUAAAAGGAGAUACAUAAAUCCAUGGUCAUUAUACAAUACACUUAAAAUACAUGCACUUAGAAAGGCUAAAAAAAUAAGGAGAAAAUACUUUGGGUUUCUUAAAGAUUAAAGUAGGCUAGUCUUUAAAAAAGUAGAAAGCUAGUAUACUGAAUUGAAAUACACAGAUGUGUGCCAUUUCAAGUAUUUUAAUUGCACCUUAGUGAAAUUAUGUAUUUUAUAUCAUUUUAGUACUGUUGAAUGUAUUUCUUGACUACAGUGUUACUAGAAUCCUGUUACAUUGUUACCUGUCUUUGAAUAAAUAACUCUAAAAGAAAA